AUUCAAUAUAUCUACCUCCCACUACCAUUAAUCGAACACCAUACACCAUACACCAUAUCCACCAAACAAUCCAGCCUCCCCUCCCCGCACCAAAAUGGCUACCCCCGCCCAAGCAGCCAGCACAAAAGCCUGGCUAGACACCUUCUACGCCGCCAACGAUACCCUCAACCCCUCGGUCUUCGUCCCGCAAUUCUACCACCCAGACAGCCAGCUCCACGUCCCGGGCGGCCCUUCCCUCACCGGCCACGAGCAGAUCCUCGCCUUCUACAACCAGCAGGUCAGUCUGGUGUCGAGCAUGAAACACACCAUCCGGCAUUUUGAUGUGCUGUCGGACCGAGUUUACGUCGAAUCCGAGGUCGAGUAUACGGUUGCGGCGGAUCCGGAGAAGAGGGCUAUCACUGUCAAUGCGCUGGCGGUGGUGGGGAAGAGGCUGGAUGAGGAUAAGUUGAGGUCGUUUAAGGUGUUUAUGGAUCCGAAGCCGUUGGUGGGGAGGUUGGAGGAGGUUUUGGCGGCGGCUGCUGCUGCUGCGGGGACAGAGACAGGGAAGGGGGAGUAGAUUAUGUGUGUGUGUCGUGGUGGAUAUCUCUUUGAUGGAGUACCUUGUAAUUGAGUGCUACAUUAGAUGUGUUAGACUCAGUGGGACUUAUGAUGAUGGGAUGUGCCGUGUUAUUGCAAUUAUUCGGGUGUCUAGAUAACCGCUUUGUUAUGGGUAUAAAUUGUCAUUAUCAUUAGCUUGGCUCAAAUAUCAACUGGAAGCUACAGCC